AUGUUAGAUUCCCAAACUAAGAGAAAAUUAGAGUUGAAUGAUCAAGCGGGAAUAACUUUGAGUAAGAGUUUUCAAUCAUUUGUUGUUGAAGCUGGUGGUUAUGAAAACUUAUCAUUUGAUGAGAGAAAGUGUAGAAAUUAUGUGGCUGAAUCACGGAGAUUAAGGCUUGGGAAUGGUGAUGCAGAAGCCUUGAAUAAUUACUUUUGUCGUAUGCAAAGUAGAAAUUCAAAUUUCUUUUAUGUGAUUGACGUAGAUGAAGAUUCUCGCAUAAGAAAUAUAUUUUGGGCUGAUGCAAGAUCUAGGGCUGCAUGUGAUUCUUUUUCUGAUGUCAUUGCAUUUGAUACUACAUAUCUUACCAAUAGUUAUGAUAUGUCAUUUGCUCCGUUUGUUGGAGUAAAUCAUCAUGGUGAAUCCAUAUUACUUGGUUGUGGUUUGAUAUCUAAAGAAGAUUCUGAAACUUUCAUUUGGUUAUUUAAAUCAUGGUUGACAUGCAUGAGAGGACGAGCUCCACGAGCUAUUAUUACAGAUCAAUGCAAAGCCAUGGAAAUUACAAUUGUUGAGGUAUUUCCGGACUCUCAUCAUCGUUUAUGUCUUUGGCAUAUUAUGAAAAAACUUUCAGCGAAGUUUGGUAGUCAUGCCAACUAUAAGUUGAUAAAGAGAAACUUGAAGAAUAUUGUUUACAAUUCUAUGACAUCUGAAGAAUGUGAUAGCAACUGGAAAAAAUUGAUCAAAGAAUUUAACUUGGAGAAAAAUGAUUGGUUGAAUUCUUUAUAUGAAAUUCGUCAUAAGUGGAUGCCUGUAUAUGUGAAAGAUAAACUUUGGGCAGGGAUGUCGACAAGUCAAAGAAGCGAAAGUAUGAAUGCAUUUUUUGAUGAUUAUGUUCAUUCAAAAACAACUUUGAAGCAGUUUAUUGAACAAUAUGACAAUACUUUGAAAAACAAGAUUGAAAAGGAAGAUAAUUCUGAUUUUGUGUCUUUCAAUUCAAUCAUUCCGGUUAUCAGUGGCAAUCCAAUUGAAAAACAGUUUCAAAGUGUUUACACUAACAAAAUAUUCAAGUUGUUUCAAGAUGAAUUGCGAGAGGAACGACAAAGAUAUAAUAAUCUUCAACCAUUGUUACAAGAAGUGGGGCAGCUUGGGUCAAAAAAUGAUGAGAGCUGCUUUGUUUUAACAGGGAUAUUGAAAGAAGCCAAAAAAAGGAUUAUGGAUAUAAAUAUUGGUGAUUCAUUGGAUGGUUAUCAGGACAGCAAUAAAAUAUAUGAAGAAUCAAGAAAUGAGAGCAAACAGUUUCACAGUCCUCUAAAAGUAAGGUCUCGUGGACGUCCACCGAUGAAACGAAAACAAUCCAAAAUUGAGCAAAUUGUGAAAAAGACGAAGACAAAGUCUCAAAAAAAGGGUUCUACAGUUACUGGAUUCUUAUCAAAUAUGAAUUCUCCAAGUAUGAUCGAUGAUGAGUCCACUGCCAAAGAUGUUUCAAAGAAAGCCUACUACAAUAUGAUUGCGAUCAAUAAUCAGUCUUUGCAAGAUCCUGAAAGAAAGGUUGUGUACUAA